AUGACCCAUUUGCAUACUGGACUCAAUCCAGAAAUCAUAGAGAAAGCCCGUCUGGAGCUUAAUGAAAACCCAGAUGUUUUGCACCAGGAUAUUCAGCAAGUAAGGGACAUGAUCAUCACAAGACCUGACAUUGGAUUCUUGCGUACAGAUGAUGCCUUCAUCCUGAGAUUUCUCCGAGCCAGAAAAUUUCAUCAAACAGAUGCCUUCAGAUUAUUGGCUCAGUAUUUCCAAUAUCGGCAGCUGAAUCUGGAUAUGUUUAAAAAUUUCAAGGCUGAUGAUCCAGGGAUCAAACGAGCUCUGAUUGAUGGCUUCCCAGGAGUGCUAGAAAACCGUGAUCACUAUGGCAGAAAGAUACUUUUGCUCUUUGCAGCCAGUUGGGAUCAGAGUAGAAAUUCCUUCAUAGAUAUUUUACGGGCUAUUCUCUUGUCCUUGGAAGUUCUGAUUGAAGAUCAAGAGCUUCAGAUAAAUGGCUUCAUUCUAAUUAUAGACUGGAGUAAUUUUUCUUUCAAGCAAGCCUCCAAAUUGACUCCUUCCAUCCUCAAACUGGCCAUUGAAGGGUUGCAGGACAGCUUCCCUGCUCGCUUUGGAGGCAUCCAUUUUGUGAACCAGCCGUGGUACAUCCAUGCUCUCUACACGCUAAUCAAGCCCUUCCUCAAAGACAAGACACGGAAAAGGAUCUUUCUUCAUGGAAACAAUCUUAAUAGUCUUCACCAGCUCAUACACCCUGAUUGCUUACCCUCAGAGUUUGGAGGGACUCUUCCUCCCUAUGACAUGGGCACAUGGGCUCGGACGUUACUUGGACCAGAUUACAGCGAUGAGAAUGAAUACACUCACACAUCUUACAACACCAUGCAUGUGAAGCAUUCGUGUUCCAACCUAGAGAGGGAAUGCUCUCCAAAGCUCAUGAAAAGGUCUCAAUCUGUGGUGGAACCCGGAAUACUAAAACAUGAAGAACAGCAUGUGAAUGAGAACACCCAGCCACUACUAGCUCUAGACUGA